AUGGGAGUUUGUUUGGGGUAUUUGGGUGGGUGGGGGAUGUUGUUGUUUUUUGUGUUGGGUGGGGGGUGGGGGGUUGUUGGGGGGGGGGGGUUUGGGUUGUGGGUUGGUGUUUUUGGGGUGGGUGGGGGUUGUGGGUGGUGUGUUUUGGGGUUUGUUGUGUGUGGGUUGGUGUUUUUUGAUUGGUGGUUGGUGGGGGGGUGGUUGGUGGGGGUGUUUAUGGGAUGGUUUUGGGGUGGGGGGGAGUGGGGGUUAGGGGAUGGGGGGGUGGUUGUUGGGGGGUGGUGGUGUGGUGGGUGGUUGGUUUGGGGGGGGGGGUUUUGCAGCUCCUCUACAGUCCUGUGCAGUGGGAGGUGCUGUUCAUGA